GAAAGACUGACAGGGACCAAGGGGAGUUCUCCAUGCGCACACCCCUACAAACAUACAAACGCAAACUCCUGCUCUCACACAUCGCUUUACACACAGGCAGGGAUCUUACGCACGAAAGACUUCGCAUGAGAAGACAACAAAACCAGGAUCUGGACACCCUGUAAGCUUCACAUGGCACAUGAUCUGGAAUCCUAAAAACGGACAGGAAUCACCUGAACCCAGACUGCAGGCUCAUUUCCAAACUGAUUUCCAUUGGAAAGCCACAAUCUACUAGUCUUGGACUCACGUAACCAGCUAUGUCAAAGGAUGAGGAAAUUCCAAGCCCACCUCCAGAGUGGCCGGAAGAAAUUUUAAUGUAAACAUAUAUCGGAAAAGCCUGGAGGAGAAGUCAUCAUGAGAAGGAACAUCUAGGACACUGGUAGAGUACUUAAUAUUCUGACAAACCAACCCACAGAAGGCCCUCUUGUUGACUGAUUACAUGGAUAUACGGUGUGGAUGGACUAGCGCCUGCAUGAGGGAUUUGCCCUCCCCUCCUGCUGCCUGAGGUCAACCCAACACAACGCCACCUUGAUAAGUCUGGCUUAGCUGGCCACUUGAGUUUCAAUGCUCCACGCUGCUCUAAGAUGAGGGUAUGGAAAGAGGUCACCCUCGCCUUCAUCCUGUUUGGUGCCUCAUUUUUCCUCCUGCUUAUGAAAACCACGUCACCUGUUGGGUCCUCCUACCCAAAGGCCUUAGGGAUUUCAUCAGACCCUUCCUCACAGCCACCAGCCACAUCAUCUUCACUCUCAUCAACCUCAGCGAGGAAGCCAGCGCCGCGCCGAGGGGUCAGAGCCACGGAGGACAUGGGCUUUCUUCUCUCCGACUUCUCGUACCUCUUCCAAAGUUUCACUGAGGGCGAGCUGAAGAAGGUGAUUGCGACCCUGGUGGACCGUAAGGAGAGGAGGAUCAGAGUCGAGACGGGACGAAGAACCAAACGAGCACGGAAGGGCCCGAAGCCGUGCUCUCUACACGAGAUCGAGCUCACGGUGAGCGAGCUCGGGCUCGGGUACGAGAGCGACGAGACGGUGCGCUUCAGGUACUGCAGCGGGAAGUGCAUCCACGAACGACGCAACUAUGACAUUGUAAUGGAGCACAUGCAGUUAUAUAACGGCUCCAGUGAGAAAGGCCGGCGAGGACGGGAUAAUGGAAAAAAAGACAAGGCGCGGUACGCCCCAUGUUGUCGCCCUACGAAGUUCGAGAAGAAAAUGUCUUUCUUUGACAACAAGGACAAAUUCUACACCAUCCAGAACGUCUCUGCGAGAGCAUGCGGUUGUGUAUGAGAUUCCGGUAACUAUGGAAACGUCAGGGAGAAUGUCUAUACAUUCCCAUGGCAACAGAGAAUGUUUCAGAAUUCCGUGGUAACCAUAGGAGCUUUGGAAAAGGCCAAAAAACCAUGGAACUAUUCGAGAACGUAGGGCAAAUUGCAAUUUCCAAAAAGAUGCUGAGAGGGAUCCACAAUGCCACCAUGGAAAAAGUGAAAGCUACAGAAAAGUGAUACACAAAACACAAAAGACAAGGCCUGAAUUGUCUAAAGCCUUGGCAACUAUGAGAAAAAGUUUUGUUUCUGCCUUUUCAGUGGUUACUGGCACUUUUGAUUAGUACAGGGCACUGGACUUUAACCAAAGGUGGAUCGCUGGUUUAAUUUGAUGGGACCAAAAGCUGGCGCCUUCCACUGGAAACUUCUGCAGACGAACAAGUACAGAUAUAGUAGUAUUUAUCCAAAGAUAUAAAUAUAUAUAUUUACGUAGAGGGCUACAGCGACAACUGUAUGCUGCUCGCUAUUGUUACGAAUCUGAAAACUGAAGUAUGAAGCGCAACGCAGCUGUAAAAACUACCUCAUUUCUUUCUUUCUUUGUUUCUUUUUUUUGUUUGUUUCCUUAGAAGAAUGUACAUGCAAUGAAUCUUGUUCUACCGCACCCACUUCCUGGGAUUACGCUAGUCAGAAAUAUGAAUCAGAGGUAUACAUGUAGAGAAAUGCUACUCGACCAAAAGUCUCAAAGGAUGGAUAUUGUCUUAAACAACACUGUCACUUGAAACGUAUAUGCACACUAUAUCAAACCCCUGAAUUUGACCUUAAAGCCUUGCCAAGGCAUGUCUGAUCAAAUCCAAUCCCGUCCUUGAGACAAUUUAUACCCAGAUAUUUAAGUUUAAUAGGAAUAGGCUGUCCAAUUCCAAAGACAAAUAGGGAAGAGUACACCUUCAAAAGUUUCCCCAAAGUUGUCAUCCUUCAAAGACCUUAAAGAUUCAUUUUUUCUCAUGGUCACGUUCAUGUUUACAUUCUUUUAGACAAUGAUACUCGAGAUACAUUGUCUUUUGUAAAGUAAUUCCAGGUUUAGUCCUUCUCAACAGCAAACAUUUACAUUUAUUA